AUGCUCGUGUGCAUCGUGGGACCGCCGCAGGCUGGCAAAAAGUCGCUCGCAGACCAUCUCGUCCGCGACCGUAGCUUCACGCGCGUCCACCUCGUCUCCUCGCUCCCCACAUUUCGCUCGCAGGACGACCUCUACUUCACCUCGUCGAGCGAUUUUCUGGACCACGCAACGCGCACAUGGAGGAGGAACUAUGUCACCGUCGACCUCGUGAGCAAGGCGAAGCUCGCAGAGUUCGCAAAGAGGCCGUUCGUAGCCAUCGUCGCGGUCGAUGCUCCCCUCGGCGUGCGCUUCCGGCGAGCAGUCGCAGUCGCGAAAGCGGCCGGCGAGACCCCUCCCUCGCUCGACGACUUUGUCGAGGCAGACGACAGGCUCUACCACGGCGCUUUGCCCCUCUUGUCGCAGGUCGGUGGCGUGGAAGAAGUCAUGGAGCUCUUCGACUCGCGACUAGGAGGGCCGGCGGAACCAGCGACGCCCGCAAAAAAGCGACCAGCCCAGCUAUCCAACGAUCCUCCUUCGCCGACUCCCUCGCCCUUCAAGCAGAUCAGCCCCGAACCAUCGCCUGAGCUUUCUCGCACCCGGCUCUUCCAGCCAACCGAGCAGGACUCGCUGCACGGGACUCUCUCGCAACUUCCGCCCGCCGACUCGACACUCUCGUCAAUCCUUCCUCUCGCCCACUUGACCAUCCCCAACCCCCACUCCAGUCUGGGCCCUUUCCUCUCGUCCUUUUCCCUUUCAGUACUCGCCGAACUCCUGCGCCCCUCAUGGGACACCUACUUCAUGCUCCUCGCCUCUCUCGCCUCGCUCCGCUCAAACUGCAUGAAGCGUCGAGUCGGCGCAGUGCUCGUGCGCGACAAACGCGUCGUCAGUACGGGGUACAAUGGCACGCCGCGGGGCGUCAAGAACUGCUCGGAAGGCGGGUGCGGGAGGUGCAACUCGCACGGAGACGGAUUUGGCGAGGACGCAGGUCCCGAGGGAGUAGACGACGAGGCGGAGAUGCUGGCAGCGAACGGUCGGAGGAAGGGUAUGAGCCGUGUUGGGGAGGCGCUCGACGAGUGCUUGUGCUUGCAUGCGGAGGAGAACGCUUUGCUCGAGGCCGGGAGGGAGCGGGUGAGCGGCGGCGGGACCGAGGGUGCAACGCUCUACUGCAACACCUGCCCGUGCCUGCGGUGCACAGUCAAGAUCGUCCAGUGCGGCGUCAAGGAGGUCAUCUACUCGCUCUCAUACUCGAUGGACUCGGCAUCAAGGCGGGUCAUGGAAGAGGCCGGCGUCGUGUUGCGACAGAUCCCUCAGCCGCCUUUCCCCAAGUAG